AUGGCUAGCCUCAAGAUCGGCUCACUUCUGCUGCGAACGCUGUCGAAACCGAUUGCGAACAAGAUCAAGCAGCAGGCAAAGGAUCACGACGGCUUCAAGAGCCGGACAAUCCAGAUGGCGCAGUUCCUGCAUCGCGCCGAGAUGAACCUGCGCGUCAGGCUCCUCGGCGAGUCUCCUCGACACGUACGACCUUUGAGCGAGUCUAAGGCGAUAGACACAGGUGCCAACUUUCUAAGCGAAACGUUCCUCUUCUCCGUUGCCGCCAUAAUCAUCUUCGGCGAGACAUGGCGAUCUAAACGAGCCGAGGGUAAACGACGAGACGCGGUACAAGACGCGCUGGAGCAGAACAAGGCCGACAUUGAGCGAUUACAGGAGAUCUUGAACGAGGAGAAGCAGGAGCGAGAAGAUGCGGUCAAGCGGGAGAAGGAGCUGGCGAAGGUUGUUGAGGAGAUCGUCUUGAUCGGCUUGCACGGCGGCUUCGGCGAGCUGCCAGAAGAGUGGAAACGGCACCUGGUUCUCGGGGAGCUCGCCAAGCGCUUCCGGACAGCCAACCGCGUCCUGCGAGAUGACGACGAGGUGCAAGACGGAUCAGAAGGUCGCGUUGACAUGCAGCAGGAGGACUUGACUCGCGCGCAAGACGUCGGGGAGGCGCUCGAGGCUCUGACACCGGAACAAGUUGAGGAAGCGGGAAUCGCCGCGGCGGGGGUCGAAGCGAAGCCUGACGUAGACACGCAACCCUGA